GCCAUGGUAACCCAGACCCUGGGACACCCGCCCGCCAUGGCUGCCCAGACAGGCGCGAGCGGGAGCCGCCCGGCACCACAGAGUGCAGCCCCGACACCCUGGGUGACAGUCCUGCAGCCCCUCGCGUGGGCGGUCCCGCCUCCGCCCCCGCAGCCGGGCCGCGUGAAGGAAGACCUGCUGGAGCUGAUGAUGCUGCAGAACGCGCAGAUGCACCAGCUGCUGCUGAGUCGCCUGGUUGCCGGGGUGCUGACCCCGGCGCCCCCCUUACCUUGCCCACAGGUCUACAUGGAGGGCCAGCAGGAGGAGUCUGGGGAGGAGGAGGAGCUGGAAGCGCAGGAGGAGGGGUCUCUGGUGUUCCACCACCACUACCUGCCCUGCCCCGUGCUCACCCUGGGCCCCCUGCUUCCCUGGCCGGCCCCUUUCCCACCCCCUCCCCUACACCAGCCCCACUCGCAGGACACCCCCAGGAUUCAGCAUUGCCCUCCUGCCUCCAGGAAAAGGGAGGGGAGAGCUGUGCCGCCACCCCCACCCCCCAGCGCCACUGGGACUGUGGGUGCGGAUGUGCCCCCUGCUUCAGACUACUAUGAUGCUGAGAGCCUACCAUGAGGACGGACGCUGGCCCUGGGACCGCGCCGGCGUCGUCACGGGCAUGGAGAUGCCCUGAGACCCCCCACCCUGCCUGUGGCCUCUGGUCUCUGCACUGUGCCUGGCAGCCUUCCCACCCCCCAACCCCACGGGCUCUCCCACCCGGGGGCGUCAGUCCCUUCUGCACCCCACGGACCGCCUGAACUGCCUGGAGCACCACCAGGGCCCAGAAGCCACAGAAGAGCCCAGUCACACCCCCGUUUCGUGCCUGAGCUAGGGGGUGGCCUGGGAACCAGAGCCGCUCCCUCGCCCCUCCUCGUCUCCACUCCGGGCUGACAGGGAUGUGGGCUCUCCUUUAGUACUAAUAGUGGAGACAGCGGUGGGCGGGGGGCCUCUCUUUUCCAGGGGGCAGCGGCCCGGCUGGGGAGGAGCCUGGGGCUGAGCCCACUCCCUUGGGCCCCCACCCUACCCCGGGAAGCUCCUUGGGCAGAGGGAGAGGUCAGGGCCGCGUCCUGCUCUUACCAAGUGGGGGCAGAGCGUCUCUGGGCCCCGCCUGCCCAGGUGCUCAUUCCCACCCUCCCUCAGGAGGAGAGUCCCUCAGGGCUGGCUGGGGUGGGGGUGGGGGUCCAGGGCCUGGGCCGACUGAGGCUGGGGAAGGGCCCUCGUGAAGGAGGAUGAGAGAGGCUGACCGAGACAUUUGGGGGAAGGAGUGUAGUCUACACCUGGCAGGUCCCCCUUCCAGCCAUGGGGUGUUAUCCCAGAGGAGACAAUGAGGGCACGGGGUUAAGUCCAGAGCUUUUUAUUCAAGCUAGAAGAGGAAAAUGUCCCCAAAGUCCUCUGCUGUUUGUCACAGUCCUGCAGCCAGGGCUCAUGCAGAUUGUGCCCGGCAGGCCCGGGGCAGCCUCCUCCAGGCAGCCCACACUCCGUAAGCACCUGUCCGCUUCUGGUGCCAGUGCUGGCCGAAGACAAAGCACAGCAGGACGGAUGUCACAAACAAGAACAGCAGCACUGACACAACAGUGACGAUGAUGACCAGCUGGUUGUCCUGCAUGGGCUCUGGGGAGAGAGGGGUGUGGUCUUAGAAGUCACCCCGUCCCAGGUACCAGAGCCACCAUCACCUGCCCCCCCCAACCCCAUCCACCCUGCUGUCAGCCUGUGCACAGAGAUGAGUGGCAAAUGGUGUCUGCUCCAAAAGUAUUAUCUAGGAGAAGAGUAACCUCGGCCAGGCCACCAGCCACACCUCUGCCAGGCUGGGAGGGCAGAUGUCUACCUGCCACCAGCCCUGGGACCAGCAUGGCCUGGAGGGUGGCAUGGGCCAGGCCAAGCCCCUCCUCGGGCAGAGCCGAGUGGGCUUCAUGCCACACUCCCCAAAGGUCCCAGGACAGCAGGGUUGCGGGGACCUUGGGGGUCCUCAGGCCAACCUCAUUUAGAGAGGAGCCAAGGCCAGAGAGUGGAAGUUGCCUUGGUCAAGGUCACACAGCUUGAGAAUGACUAGGUUAGCUCUCCUGGCCUCUGGAACAAUCAAGCUGGGAACAAUUCCAAGCUGGGCACUUGGAAGAGAGCUUCAGGGAACGGGGAGAGUAAGAAGCCUCUGGGGUUAAACGAGGUGGUGGUGGGGUUCCUGGUGCCUGCACCCCAAGCUGGCCAAGAGCAGGGCUGAAAGUGGGUGUCUGCUCCCUCCCUCUGCUCGUGGGGGUCCCUCCUCACCAUAGACCUCGAGGACCUGGGGCUCCGAGGCACUCCGAACGAUGCCCCCGCCCCGGGAUCGCAGGUCCAGCUCCGCCUGGCAGGAGAAAUUGCUGUGGCCGUCCUCCUUGCGCGCCGUGGCACUGAGCGUGGCCGUGGCCUCUCGGGGAGCAGGUGUGGCCCUCCCAAAGGUCUUGUAGUGCAGGGUCUCCUUGCCGCGGAGCAGGGUGAGGGUGAGGUUCUCGAGGGGUGCCACGGCAGGGGCCCUGCACUCAAUGGUGAAGGAUUUGCCCACGGCCACCCAAGCAGGCUGCAGCUUCAGUAUCACUUGCUUUGGGGGCUCUGCAGGGGAGAAAGAAAGGGGGUCUGUCAGGAUGGGAGUGCAGACCCAGCAGAUCCCACGAGGCCAGGACCGUCCUGCCGCUUCUCAGAUCCCGGGCUGGACCCUUGGGGGAGGAAGUGGGCUGAGGCCUAGCCCCCUGGAGAACGUAGAGAGAAAGAAGGAAGCAGUGUGGGGUGAAGAAUGUUCUGGGUGGCUGUUUUAUGGACAUGAUCGUUUCAAGAGUGGAGGUGAUCAGGUGCCUACAACAAGAAGGUCCAGAAGCUGUACCGCAGAUGGGAAGGAUACAAAGUGUGGGUCUGUCUCCACCCCCACCCCAACCCCAGGAAUUAAAUACAAAUUUCCAAAAUUCAACAAUGGGAUGAUUAUGUUGAGAAGCACGUAGAAGGAGGUGCUCCCUGGGGUGAGAGCUGCCCUGCUUCUCGGGGUCACCACCCACAGGAUUCCUCCCCUGUUAACAGAAGCCAGUGGAAACCUGGAGGCCCCCGGACUGGAUCUUUGGCCUCCCCCUCCCUGCCAAGCCAGCAUGUUGGAUUUGGGGUGUCUUUCUAGUUAAUCACUAUUGGUUGAGGGGAGGACCCAAGGGAAACCGUUGGUGCCAGGAGGUUGAGAGAAUCUGGCCUCCCUGGGAGGUUUUCAGGGGCAGAGGUGUGUGUGUGUGUGUGUGGGGGGGGGUUUCAGGGGCAGGUGUGUGUGUGUGUGUGUGUGUGUGUGACUGUCGCACGGCUGGUCUCUGGGCCAACGCAAAGCCCUGGGAGGUUUUCAGGGGCAGAGGUGUGUGUGUGUGUGUGUGUGUGUGUGUGUGUGUGUGUGGUUUUCAGGGGCAGGUGUGUGUGUUUGUGUGACUGUCGCACGGCUGGUCUCUGGGCCAACGCAAAGCCCUGCCUGCUGCCCCUGAGAUGCCGGCGGCCUCAAGGAAGCCAGGUGGAUGAGUGAACAGAUCUUGAGCCGACUGGCCUGGGCCCUGCUCUUUGUCGCCGGGAGCUCAGGGAGGUGGGGCCAGGCGAGUGCCCCGGCAGUAACAGAGAGUAGAUGUGUUUCUAUUUCAGUAGACACAAGAGCCUACCCCAUGCCAGUGUGAUUGUGGCUCACACUCCCUUUAUCCAGUAUAUGGAUGGUUAAGUAGGAAAAUGGGGACAAAAACUAAAUGAAAAAUAGGGUGGGAAGGGAGAGAUGAUUUGGUGGUUCUUUUUUAUUUUU